AAGUGCCUGAUUGAGCUAACAAUAGCACGCGGCAUGCAUGGCUGUUUUUUACUCUUUUGUACUGUGUUUUAUACUUGUCAUUGUGAUCCCAACGUCUGCAGGUCUGAGUCCCGAGUCUUUCUAUACGGCAGAAUGCCCUCGGGCAUUGUCUACAAUCAAAUCGGUUGUCAAGAAGGCUAUUGAUCGAGAGCCACGCAUGGGCGCAUCACUGCUACGCAUGCAUUUCCACGACUGCUUUGUUAAUGGUUGCGAUGGAUCAGUUCUGCUAGAUGACACCGCCAACUUUACAGGGGAGAAGACAGCAUUUCCGAAUCUCAACUCACUUAGGGGUUUUGAGGUGGUCGAUGAAAUAAAAGAUGCUGUCAACAGAGCUUGCCCUCGCAAUAUAGUAUCUUGUGCAGACAUCUUGGCUGUUGCAGCUCGUGACUCUGUCGCAAUCUUGGGAGGUACUUCAUUUUCCUACAAUGUAUCAUUAGGGAGAAAGGAUGCAAAAACUGCAAGCUGGGAAGACGCAAAUACCAAUCUUCCUCCCCCAGUUUUUAACCUUUCUCAACUUCUCUCCAACUUCCAAUCUCAUGGACUAGACUUGAAAGACCUCGUUGCACUCUCAGGAGGCCACAGCAUUGGACUCGCUCGGUGCAUCACCUUCCGGGGAAGGAUUUAUAAUGACACCGACAUUGACCCCACUUUUGCAUCCUCCUUACAGAAAGGGUGCCCCUUAAGUGGAGGAGAUAACAACACAGCUCCACUCGAUGCAACUCCAAAACUAUUGGACAAUGUGUACUUCAAGUCUUUGCUGGAAUCGAAGGGUCUCUUCCACUCUGAUCAGGAGCUCUUCAAGAAUAUUACUGGCAGUGAAAGUGAUAAUCUGGUCAAGCACUACAGUACAAACCCAUCUGAUUUUGCCGAAGACUUUCGUGCUUCCAUGAUCAAGAUGAGUAAUAUGAAACCUCUCACUGGUGAUGAAGGAGAGAUUAGGCUGAAUUGCAGGAAAGUCAACUAG